UCCAGCGGUGCAACUACUUUACACACUGAGAAUAUAAAAGAGAUUAGCUUUGGCAAAUCAGUUGAGGAUUUCAUUUCUGAAAGCUACAGUUUUUUCCUCUCUCAAAAAUACAAAACAAAUAAAGAAGAAGAUCAGAAGAUCGAUAUGGGUAGCGGCUAUUUUGGGAUUCCUAAAAUGGGAAACUCCAACGAUAAUAAAUCAUCGUCGUCGAGAAAGACUAAGAAGAGUAGCUCCGAGAAGCCUAAACAACCUCAAAGAGGUCUUGGGGUUGCGCAGUUGGAACAAAUCCGACUGCGCAGCCAAUUGGGUUGUAGUGGAUUCACCUCCACUACCGCUCCCGUUACCUUUCACCAGGAAGAUAUGAGACUUCAAGGAGUACCAAGUUAUGGAGUACAACAAUCAUCAUCAACAUCUUAUAAUCCUUAUUAUUCACAACCUUGCUCUUCUCCUUCGACUUCGUCUACCCCUUAUGCUCAUCAUCCUAAUUUCAUGAUGGUAUUUGGAGAUCAUGAAAGGUCGAAUUUAAGAUACCAAGAUUCGCAACCUAGUACUGCAACAAGAUGGAACCCUAAUGGCAUACUAGAAAGCUCGAAUUAUACACAAUUGGGCGAUCGAAUUGGCUAUUUUGAGGACUCUAGGCAUCAAAGAAUUGAUUUCUUGAAAUCAAUGGGCUCAAGCAACCAGAAUUCCGAAUCAUGUGAGCAAGAUGAAGUAGAUUUGGAGCUCAGGCUGUCACUCUAGACAAUCGACGAAAUGAUUCUUCUGCUUCAUGAACUCGGGUUUCAUACCAAGUUGAAUCAAGAUGUGUUCAUCAAUGGGGGAUAGCGUGAUGCUAGCGCUAUGUAUAUCAACAUUUGGAGGAGGAUAACAUACCAAGAUCGCUUAUUAGAGACGAUAAUAUGAUUAAAUACUUCUGAUAAAAUGUAUGUAUAUGCUUUGAUUUAAAGCAUUACGAAGGGAAGCAAAUCGAGCAGCAAAUCGAUGGAUUUGAUGGCAAAUAUAAUGUGACUCUAGAUGAAAUACUACAAGAUUAUUGUUAGUUUGCCUUAAUGCAUAUAAUUAAGUGGAAUAGAUCGGGCUAGAGUAUAUUAUGUAAUUUAAUUUUUAAUUAACCACAAAUUAAAUUUCUGCUAUUUACACCCAAUCACACUUGUAUGGACCAGGUCCACGCUAUAAUUAGUGUAGAUCGGGAUAUUUUAGGUAUUUUACAGCAUUUAAAGAUGACAUGGACCAGCAAUGGUCACGUGAUUCAAAAAACGCGAGACCCAUAUAGUAACUCUUACGUUGAUAUAGUUGUACUUAUAUGUAAUAUAGUGACUCUACUAGUCUUACAUUAAAUUUUAAUAAUAUAAUUAUUAAUAUA